AUGCGGAUCCUUAGGGGCGAAUGCUCGGGCUCAAGCAACAUCGUUGUCGCUACCGAUGUUGCGCCUAUCGCUGAAAUUGUGGGAGUCGAGACGGUCAUGGGUAGUGUGAUAGUUGCAAACAAUAGCGCUCUUACUACCGUCGCUACGGACAAUCUGCAGACCGUCACCGGAGAUGUGGUACUGGAUACACUGCCACUUCUGUCAAACAUAUCUCUGCCGCAAUGGACAAGCGUUGGUACCAUCAUCUUGAACAAGAUACCAGCGCCCAAUGUUCUGGAUGUGCGAACGAGAGUACAGAAAGUCACGAAUCUCUACAUUACCGAUACGACGCUGGAGACAUUAUUUGGCGUAUUACUCCAAACGGCACAAAUGGAUACAUUGCAUAUCACGGGCAACAAGUUCCUACAAGAUUGCUGGUUUGGAGUCGGAAACAUAACACAGCAAGCAACCAUUGUCAACAACAGUGGUCAAAUGAGUCUCACGCUGCCGAAUUUGACGUAUGCAUACAACAUGGAGAUCUCGAAUGCUAGUUCCAUCAGUAUGCCCAUGCUCCAAUCCGUCAGCUCAAACCUGGACGUCAGCUGGAAUAGCUUUCGAAAUCUGAGCAUUCCGGAGCUUAGUUUCGUGGGCGGUGAGCUAUCAAUUGUUGAGAACAGCCAGCUCGAUGAGCUUGACAUGAUGGCCUUGGUCAAUGUGCAAGGCGGCAUAACCAUCCGCGACAAUGCACAACUCGAGACUCUGGACGGGCUGAGCACUCUCUCGUAUGUUGGUGACAAUCUAACGUUAGACGGAGACUUCACGAAUGCCACACUCGCCUCUCUCCACAAUGUACGGGGAGACCUGUUCCUCGCGUCUGCGAGCGGUGCCACUUGCGCCGAGAUCCCUUCUCCCAUCGUCCACGGUCACUAUACUUGCAACGCGGCACAAGGCAAUACACAUCAGGGCGGCAAGCUACCGGUGGGUGCAGUGGCUGGAAUUGUGCUUGGUGCAGUGCUUGGGCUGGCGGCAAUGCUAGGAUCCUUCUUAUGGCUGCGUUAUCGACGUCGAAGCACUCAUGUCAGUGAAAUUAGCGAUGCACAAAGACCACCGUUACCACCGAAAGAGAAGCGUUCGAGCUACGGAUACUAUGAGAUAACGAAAGCCAAGGAUACUUUAAAUGACGGUGGGAAACAUGGCGAGGGGGAAAGUGUGCCGUUGAGUGCUCUGGACAAGAAGCAGAGUACGAGGACCGAGGAGCAUGAACUACCCACGCCAGUCAACUCGGAUGUAUACGAACUGCCAACGGACAUGUCUGGAGCGGCACACGAGCUUGAGAGUCGAUAG